GCGACAACAGGCAGUGAUUAGAGCAGCGGGUCUGAUAGUUGCAGGUGUAAGUAGUGCAGUGUGUGAAGGGUUGUUGCAUGAAGGAUGGAAGAUAGCAUCGACACUAAUUCAACCAAAUUCCUUUUUAAUGAAGAAUCUCACUCGCAAGCACCAUGGGCUAUAGUCGGCGGGACCGCCACCGUGUAUGCUCUGUGGAGCCUGUUUGUUCUCCCAGGUUUCCGCCAUGUUCCCUGGAAGCUUAAGGUCCCAUACUUACCUUCUGGCAAGAUUCAAACUGCUAAUGUGAGAAAACUAUUACAAGGACGGAAAGGAAGAUUGGUUGACCUUGGAUCAGGAGAUGGAAGACUGGUUUUUGCUGCAGCGUCUAUGGGGUUCCACGGCACUGGCUAUGAGUUAAAUUCGUUCUUGAUAAAUUGGGCAAAAGUUAAGGCAUAUCGGAGAGGGAUUUCUCAGGAGCAAGCAACUUUCCUCAAGCAAGAUUUUUGGAAAGCUGAUCUAUCAAAGUAUAAUCAUGUGACUGUGUUCCUGGCACCGAGUGUUGUGGAAACCCUGAAGAAGAAGUUAGCUGAAGAACUUCCUGAUAACGCCAGGGUGAUAGUUUGUCGCUUUCCAUUACCUGGAUGGUCACAAACAUGCACUGAAGGUUCAGGGUUGGACCAGGUCUGGGCGUAUGAUAUGGCUGAUGUUAGAAAAGAUUCUGAUCCCCCGCUGUCUUAAAUGAGAUUAUCUGGAUUUGUUAAUAAAGCUUGAAGAUCACCGUUUCCCCAGUGCAUAUUUAAUGACAACUACUAAAUGUGUUUCUUUGUACAAUAUUACCUGUGAAGGAAUAGUUGUUUGGGCUUCCCUAAUAUUUUUUCAGCCAUAUUCUUUUGAGUUUCAGCUGCACAGCUAGAUGUAUUUCACUCAGAAGCAGGGGGCAUCUCCCUUCUAUCGAAGCCAGCACUGUACUUCUGUGAUGUCCUU